AUGGCCAUCAGCCAUCCAUAUUAUCCGCUCGGCGUUGAAGUUCCUGGAUAUGCUCCUAAUGAAACGCCUCUCGCCAUUUUGCUCCCCUCGUUUGCUCUCGUGUGCGCCUCGGUGCUCGCGUCAGCGUGGCGGGUCUCGCAAUCGUUCCGGCCCGGGCUUCCCAGAUCUGAAGUCUUGACCGUUCUAUGGUUCAGUUUGUGCGGUUUUAUUCAUAUCUUCUUCGAAUCGUUUCUUGUUCGUCAUUGGGCCUCAAUUGCCUCGUCACAGUCCUUCUUCGGACAGGUUUGGAAGGAGUAUGCUAAGUCAGACUCUCGUUACAUGACAAAGGACCUUUCCGUCCUCUGCCUAGAAACUAUGGCUGUAACGUUGUGGGGUCCCUUAUCUUUGAUCACAGUGUAUAUGAUAUUGACAUCACAUCCAAUGCGCCAUGGCUUCCAGAUUAUAACCUCCAUGGGUCACUUGAUUAGCUUAACCAUCUAUUAUGUCACAAGCUUGGUCGAAAUAUGGUAUCUAGGCUCGUCACACUCUAGACCAGAAGCUCUAUAUUUCUGGGGGUAUUUCAUUGGUUCCAAUUCGCCAUGGGGCUUCAUACCCGUCGUUUUGAUAUGGCAGUCGCUGAAGGAAAUUGGGAUGCUGUCGACACUGGGGGCAGGUCAAGUUCAGAAGCAAACAAAAACGAACAAAAAGGCAGAGGUUCGAGAUAAGUUAACAUGA